AUGAGCAAGGCCCUGACCCAGGAGCUGCGGCGGGGCCGGGGCUCGCCGCCCCUCGCCGGGCUGCUCCACCUCUGCUGCGCCGACCUGCUGCUGCUGCUCCUGAGCGCCCCGCUGCGCCUGGCCGCCGCCUGCAGCCGCGCCUGGCCCCUGGGCGGGCUCCUGUGCCGGGGCAGCGACUGGCUGCUGCACGCCGGGCUGCUGGCCAAGUGCUUCGCGCUGGCGGCCGUCGGGCGAGCCCGCCUGCAGCAGCUCGUCGGCCCGGCCCCCGGCCCGCGCGCCCUGCCCGGGCCCCGGCCGCUGCUCCUGCCGCUGCUGCUGCUCUGGCUGCCGGCGCUGGGCCUGCCGCUGCCGCUGCUGCUCUUCAGCCGGCUGGAGCCCAGCCCCGACGGGCCGCGCUGCCUCUUCCAGCCGCCCCCGGGCGCCGCCGGCUUCAUGCGGGUCUUCGGCGCCGCCUACCCGCUGCUGGCGCUGCUGCUGCCGGCCGCCUUCACCGGCGGCUGCUACUGGAGAGCCCUGCGCGCCCGCGGGCCGCCCCCGCCGGGCCCCAGCACCCGCCUGCUGCUGGGCCUCAGCCUGCUCUUCCAGGCCGCCUGGCUGCCCGCCUGGGGGCUGUGGCUGUGGGGGCGGCACGGCGGGGCGCGGCCGCCCCCGGAGGCGCUGGUGGGGCUGGCGCAGGCCGCGCUCUUCCUGCCGGGCGCGCUGGGCCCCGUGGCGCUGCUGGCGGCCUGCCCGGAGUUCCGGGCCGGGCUGCGGGCUCUGGCCCGACGGGACGGCCCCGGGGCCGCGGAGCGCACCCAGGCGCGGCAGGAGGCGCCGGCGGCAGAGAAGGAGCUUCCGGACGUGCAGCACUUCUGGCAGCACCGCAGGAACACGGCGGCCGGGGAGGAGAGCGACCCGGUGCCCUGGGAGCACCAGGGCACCCCCUGA